GUGAGAAAAACAGCGAGACUUUCGAGAAAAUUCCUCUCAGUUUUUUUCCCGUAACUCUCCUGUGCUGCGUUUACGAAAUCUCUCCAUAAAAUUUGACCAAAACAUCGUUUUUAGGUUGACCCAUAUAGUGAACGAAUCAAGGUGAAAAGAAAACAUCCCCCGAGAAAGAAAAACGGACAGGAAAGAAAGUGCGAGAGAGGAAAGUGAGAAAGAGAGAGAGGAGCAUAUUAUUUGUUUGGUUGUUGUGUGCGUGUGCAAGGAAAGUGCAGAUGUGUUGUGGAGAAAAAUAAGGGAAAAAAAGAAACUAAUUAGAAGAAACAGAAGGAGGGAAAAAAGGCGUAAAUUCCAGCUGCAAGUGGAAGAAGGAUAGACACUUGAGGCGGAAGAAGGAAAAUCAAUAAUGGGAGAUCAACAGUUCUUUCUGAAAUGGAACGACUUCCAAACGAACAUGGUGACGUCCUUUCGGCAUCUACGGGACGAGAAGAGCUUCACGGAUGUGACGCUGGCAUGUGAAGGACAAACGUGCAAAGCCCACAAGAUGGUUCUAUCAGCCUGCAGUCCGUACUUCAAGUCCUUACUUGAGGAAAACCCAUCAAAACACCCAAUAAUCAUCCUCAAGGAUGUUUCCUAUAGUCAUCUACAGGCUAUCCUGGAAUUUAUGUAUGCAGGUGAAGUGAAUGUGUCACAGGAGCAACUUCCCGCCUUCCUGAAGACGGCGGACAGACUCAAAGUGAAAGGUCUGGCCGAAACUCCGGCCACAAUCAAAAGGGAAGGUUGAUGAAGAAAUAUUAAUAAAAAAAAAAUCGCGAUGGACAAAAAACGGUAGGAUUCGAUUUUUCUUUUUUUUUCGGAACUUAAUAUUUAGAAGGGGGGCACACGUAUAAAAAAAAACUUGACACAAGGCAACAAGAAAAUUUAUGAAAUAUCCCUUAUUUUUCUUUAAAAUGUAUUGCAUUUUAUUUUAAUGUUUUUAUUUUUACAAAUUAUGUAGCAAAAAAAAAAUGAAAAGUUUUGGAAGUUUUAAGUGAAUUUUAACGGGGCAUUCAAAUCUCUCUGCGGAAGAUUUAAAAAUAAAAAUAGAUCAUUUUUUCUUCACUAUUUUAGUAGAAUUUUCUCAAAAGCACUUUUUCUUUUUUUUUUUUCAAUAUAAAUAAUUUACCUAAAGUAUUUGUUUUAUUAAAAAAUUCUUCCUCAAUUCUCAAAAACCACUCACUCUAUUAAUAAAUAGCUCUUGUUUAAUUUUUUCUUGCACAAUCCAAUGAAAAUGACACUAUGUUACCACAAUGAACCUUAGUAAUGUUUUUUUUAUAAAAUAUUUUUUUAUUUUGUAAUAUUAUCCUGCAAAAAAAGAUGAAGCAUAUUUUAUUUCUCAUAGUGUAAUUGAGAAGAAUUCUUUUUUUUUAUAUAAGAGCGAUGAUAGCUUAGAAAAAAAUAUCCUUUUUAAGUGAUUCUGUUAGUUGUUUAAGUUUCUACGUGAGAGAGAGAAAGGAAAUAUUAAAAAAAAAAAAGAUGAAGCUGAUUUAAAAGAGAAUAAAAAAUAAGAAAUUGACGAGAAAGGUAGUAAAGUGUAAGGUAUAUAGAGUAAAUUUUAUGGGCAAUUUGUAGUUAAUUUCUAUAAAGAGCAAAAGAAAGAAAAAAAUGAGAAAAAGAAGACAAUUUAAUGACUUGAAUUUAAAUUUAAAAAGAAAGAAUAAAAGUGAGAACGUUUUUUGGAGAUAUUUGUAUACUUUUUAAAUGUGAAAUGAGAGUUUUUUUUAAUUGGUACUGCAAAGGAAUUAUUAUAAGUUUUACAAUGACAGAAAUUCAUUCAAAUAAAAUGAAAUUAUAUGAUGAAAGUUCUCUGGGGAAUGUUAAUUUUUCUUGAAAUAAAAAAUCUUCAAAAUUUCAUUGAAAAAAAAUUUUUGCAAAAUUUUAUUGAAUGAAAUAUUUAAAACAUUUAAAGAAAUUUUGCAUCAAAGCUCCACCUUUUUGUUAGAAGUGUGGAUCAGAAGUCGUGUCUAAAACUCCUUUUGAAACAUUAAUGAAUAAGAAGAAGAAUGAGAAACUCCUUAUUGGUUGAUUUCUUUUUUUCUUCGAGGUGGAGCUUUAAUGUAAUGUUAAUUUGAAUGUAUAAAAUAGUAAAAUAUAUUGCAAAUCACCUAUUUGAUUUAGAUAAAAUACAAUUUUUUGGACCAUUUUUUUUAUUAAAAUUAAUUUAAAGAAAAAAUGAUUCUAAAUUCACAAAUGAAAGAUUAUUGAAUAAGAAGAAGAUAAAUUUCAGCAAAACGUUCUCAUUGGUCACCCCUUUUCCUUCAUAAUGCAAUACCUGAAGAAGGAGCCUCAGUGUAAUGUGAAUUUAAACAACGCGUAGAUCAAAAUAAAUGUUUAAAGAUUUUUUCUUUCAUGUAAGUUAACAUUCUUUUCUUUCCAGGGAACAGCAUUUUGCAAUAAAUACUUUUUUUUUAAGAAAUAGAAAAUGUUAAAUAUGUACAAACCAAGGAGAUCCGUUUCAAAGAGACAGGAAAAAAAUAAAAUGAAUGAAAAAACAAUAAGAAAACAGACACAGAAGCGAAAAAGUUUACCUAAUAUUUGUUUUUAUUUAAGAAAAAAAAAUAUACAUAUUAGAAAAGGACAUUAUGCACAAUGUUUGGAGGAGAAAUGAUUCUUUACAGAAGAGAAGUUACAAAAAUUUUAUUUUUCUCAUAAUUUCUUAACAGUUUUCUCAAUUUCUAAUUCACUUAAAAAAGUUUUUUUUUUAACAGAAUGUUGCAAAACUUGAAACACUUUCCACGUACAUUGUGCAUAACAUCCUUUUCUAUUUUUCUUAAGUACUUUCUCAACGUUUAUUAAGCUUUUUAAUUUUUAUUUCUCAUCCCCUAAGGCAAAUUGUGAGAGAAAGGAGAGAGAGAGAGAAAUAAAUGAAUAAAUUGAGAAAGUUUUUGCAAAGAAAAUGUAAUAAGAAAAAAGAUAUAAAAAUCCCAAAAUAAUUUCCAAAACUCAGCAUUGUAGAAAAUAAUUAAAAGAAGAGGAAAAUGUAUUGAAAAAAAAAUGUCUAUAAAAAUAGCAAAAAUGUUUUUUUUACACACACAGCAUAGAUUUUAGUUGUCAACACACACAGAAUAUUUUACAUAAACACACAUUGAGAUGCAUUGAAAUGAAAACAUGAUAAAAUACAGUAAAAUAUUUAAUUGAAAUAGGCAUGAAAAGUGUAUUUUAUCUAAUAUAAUUAAUUAUUCUUGAUAAAAAGCGAUUUAUAUACAUUAUAUAAAAUGAUUAAUUUAGAAA